AUGAAAAAGGUGACCGUUGAAGCUCUUAACGACGCCAAGUACAUCGGACUGUCCAUCUACACGGUGGUCAUCCUAUGCGUCAUCGGUAUACCGGUCAGCAUCAUCUUACAAGGUCAGGUCGACGCUGGAUUUCUCAUCGCGUCGGCCAUUUUGAUUCUCGCGACGACGACCACGCUGAUGCUGGUGUUUGUGCCUAGGUCCGCAAAUGUCGAGGCUGGUCACUGCCAAAAGCAUUACUUUGUUGAGACCAUCAGUCAUCCGACGCUGAACUGCACCAACAAGCACAUCCUGAUGACAAGAUGCGAGGGGCACUGCAAGAAGACUUCCGCCAGCCCGCUGAUCACCUUCAAACCCAUCCUGCUCGAUCCGUUCGCUUACACGUGCUCGUCGUGCAAGGACAGACUAUCGGUCAUGAAGGCCGUCAGAAUGGUGUGCGUGGGAGACGUGGCCGAGGUGUUCGCCUCCUAUCGCUACAUUGUCCGCUGCGGCUGCGAACCUUGCAGAGUGUUGUGA